GUUAUACCCGCGAGAGAUGUGAAUGUCCAUGGGACACGCUCUUUGACGUGUGAUCUAUUUUACUGUAGCAGCCCCCAACAUGGGAGACUCGACUCCGAUAAGAGGCAGACGCCUAAAAGUUGUCAGUCCGCAGAAGAGAAGAGCGCCAGACGCGAUGCCGCACACCAGGAACGUAGCGAUGGCCGUCGCGAGACCCGUGCCCUUCAGGCAGAGCCGCGACGCUCCCGUCUCGACGAGCAGGCGUCGGAUUCUGAGAGCGCAAAGCCACAGAAACAAUCCCGCAUUGCUGUUCCCGGGGACACCCUUGCGUACGUUGUACGAUCCCUUGAAGAGCUCGCUCGAGGUGAAAAGAACCGGCCGCUGGAGAGCCAAGAACCCGAGUGCCAGGCGCGCUACUUUCGGAAAGACCGACUCCCCGGGCGCCGAGAGGGCCAGCGCCUCGCAAAAUUUCUGCCCGUUGAAGAGAUCGUCACGCAGGGAGAAAAAUCGCGCGUUGCGCUUUCCCAACACGGUGCCCGCGCGACCCGAGCCGUCGGCGGACGACGGGGAUCUGCGCAGGGCCAGUUCGAGGUCUAUAAAGCUGUCGAGGAAGUGCGAUCUGUCGCGGAUGAGGGAGAGCCGGACGGAACGCGAGGACGCGUUCGCGCUCCUGCCGAGGAUGGAAACGCCAAUCGACAGCGUCGCGUGCAAACCGGUUGCGUCGUCGCCGGGUCAAUCGUUCUACGACAUCGUCGACACCGCCUCGACGGCGUCGACGCCGUCGCUGUCGAGCCUCGGGGUCGAAAAUAAGAAGACGUCUGCGAACGUUGCAUAUAGGGCGAGGUCGAUACCCGAUACAGCGUCGCAUUUGCGUCCCAGAUACAGCGAAUAUGAAAUAAACGUUUUGCAUUACGACGGCCCGCCGGGGAGCAGCAGCCCACAGUUGGCGCGAUCUCAUUUCAAGUCCACCAACACAAGUUGGUCCUCCGCCUACGACUGCAGUUCAGCGAAAGUUCAGAAUGACAAUGAUAAUCUCGCUGAUAAGGCAGAGUCCGGAAUGGAGAGUCGCGCUCGGGACGAAGGCAAGACCGUGGACGACGUGAAAUAUUCAUGGGAAGCAGAUAAUUGGGUGCCACCGUCUCGAAGGAAGGAACUCGACGACGCGCGCGAGACAAAAAGCGCUCGGACGAACGGCAAAAGUCCUUACGAGUGUAAAAUUAAGUAUUCCUGGCAAGUUGUCGGGACAGGCACCCAGACGUCGUACACUUUACUGCACGAUUUGUUAAAUGACGUGGAAGACAGUAAGUCUGCGUACAAGACGUGCAGCGUUAAGUAUUCCUGGCAAAUUAUAGGGAUCGGCGCGCAAGCGUCUCUGCACGAUUGUAACGAUUCGGAUUAUUGGAGCGGCGUGCUGCUGACGCCGAGUAAGAAUUGCGGCGGGAACGAAGCUGGAGUCGGCAAUGAUGAAACGCGCCGUGCUAAACCGCACGAUUAUGCGAGAUGUGUAGGGGAAAGAUUGAAGAGAUGCUUGAUAUUGAACAAUCAGCAAACCCAGACAUUUGCUGAGAAAGAGAUUCAAGUUGACCCUAGUGAUUGCUACGCAAAGUACUCCUGGCGCAAUUUAAUUAAACAACAUCUCUAAUCGAUACACAAGUCGAUUGUCUUUUCAGAUAUGGAGCAAAUUUUGGAGGAGCCGACCGGACAAAAGCUGCCUGGUAAACUGGAGCUGGAGCAGAUCGACAAUUGUGACGAAUCGUUGCACAAGUACGCGGCAAAACCAUUAACGCCAAAUAUUUCUAGUAAGAGUUCUGUGAUAUCCGACAACGGCAAUGAAAAAACGAAGAGGGAGGAACUGCUGACGCGAUUGACGUGUGCGGUAAAGAAAUUGAACCAAUACGAACGAGACAUGGCUAAAACUCGGAGCACAGACGCACCGCGUCCCGACGCGGAAGGCACUUUCGCGCAAAGAGGAGAGGCACUGCCGCGGGGCGUGGAGGACAAUAUCAAAGGCAUUGUAGAAUCUACUCGGGAGUACAUAGCAAAAUUGGAUUACCAGUUGAAGGAUCUCGACGAGGCUGAUCGGCAGAUAGAAAAUAGUGUGAUGAGAACGUUAAAAGAUAUAGACGGGACGUUUCAAUCUUUGUUAGAUGAUGUGUACGACGAGAUCAAUAAGAGACGCGAACAGCUGAUACUGGAGACCGAGGUUCAUAAACACGAGAGUCUGAUACCGUUGCGGGCUUGUAGAAAGGAAGUGCAGGCACAGGUGCAAAAUGCACGGAAUAUCAUAUCGAUGAGCGAGGAUAUUCUGCGGCAUCCGCAUCGAUACAGCGCGAACGGACUUGGAAAGAUCAUUUCCGCGAGUAACGAUAUAGGCAGGAUCCCGGCGGUGCCGUACUCGGAGGAGCUCCCGAAUAUAAAUUUCGACCGGCAAUUGAGCUCGUGCAAGGAGGAGAUUGUGGAGCAGAUAUCGAAGCUCGGCUGCAUCUCUCGCACGGUACCCGUUCAGAUAAUAAACAUCGAGGAGAGACCGGCGGGGCUGUUCGUCAAAUGGCACGUAACCAAUCCGGAGUACUUCGAGGAACAGACGUUUGUCGUGGAGAGAGCCAACGGCGAGAUCCUCGACCCGGCGUCUAGCAAGUUCGAGACGGUGUACAGAGGCUCCGAGACUUCUUGCUUCAUCAGAAAUGUACCUGUUGAUCGACCGGUUACGCUCAGAGUUCGAAUACAAGCGGACAACGUCGCGAGGAGCGUACAUCACUUCGCGCGGACUUCUGUACCGCCGUAUAGCUGGGAACUUGACAACAAGGAUUACGUGGUCACUAAUAAUGGUAAAAGUGCUGCAAAAGUUACGGACGCCGUAAGCACGUUGUUCUCGCGAGGUCCUCAGUUUGACGCGAAUCACAUAAUCGAAUUCAAGUUCUUAGAAGUCUCGCAAGAGGGAAACGACGACGAGGGUAUCGCGUUAGUUUACGAUCCGCAGGGUAGCCACGACGCCUUGAAGAGAGCGGCGUCGCUGAUGAUCACGCCAGAAGGCAGGAUCUUCAUGGACGGCGACGAGAAACUGAUGCGUCUGCCGAGGAUGCGUUUCGGUGCGGUCAUCGUCAUCUCCGCCUUCCGGAAAAAUGCUCACGUGCUGCGAGUGAAUGUCGAGUCCGAUAACAAAUGCGUCACGUAUGACUGGCGAGUGCGGACGCCGCUGUAUCUCGCCGCUCGGUUUGCAGAACGCAAGAAGUGGCACCUGACGAUCGAGUGAUGAUACGCGCGACCCGAUUUCCCCCUUUGACGCGAGACGCACAAUGUAAUUUUGCGGCAAUAAAGAGAAAGUGCCUUA